GCCACGUGGGCUCGCGCGGAGGCAGCGCGGCGGCCGUUGGAGCGCGCGCCGGGCCGCCCGCAACGGCUCGCGUCGCCAUGGAGACAGAGGAGGCGGCGGCGACCGCCGCCGCCGAGAGCGGCUUCACGAGCGUCUCGUCCAAGCGGAGCCGGCGGAAGCGGCGGGCGGGCGGCGGCGGCGAGGAGGCGGUGGCGAUGGACACCGCGGGGCCGCGGCCCGGCAAGAGGCCCGCGUUCCCGCCCGUGGCCGCCGAGGCGCUGCGGGCUGGAAAUGAGGAGAUCAGGAAGAUUCCUGUGCCGGCUAACAGGUAUACUCCGCUGAAGGAGAACUGGAUGAAAAUAUUCACGCCUGUCGUGGAACACUUGCAGCUUCAAAUCCGGUUUAAUUUAAAAACAAGAAACGUUGAAAUCAAGACUUGUCAAGAGACAAAGGAUAUAAGUGCUCUAACAAAAGCAGCUGACUUUGUGAAAGCAUUCAUACUCGGGUUUCAAGUUGAGGAUGCUCUUGCUCUGAUCAGAUUAGACGAUCUUUUUCUAGAAUCCUUUGAAGUUACAGAUGUCAAACCUUUGAAAGGAGAUCAUCUGUCAAGAGCAAUAGGGAGAAUAGCAGGGAAAGGUGGAAAAACCAAAUUCACUAUAGAAAACGUAACAAGAACACGAAUAGUUCUCGCUGACACGAAAAUUCAUAUUUUAGGAUCUUUUCAGAACAUAAAAAUGGCACGAACAGCAAUAUGCAAUCUAAUUUUAGGGAGUCCUCCAUCCAAAGUUUAUGGCAAUAUUAGGGCUGUGGCCAGCAGAGCAGCUGAAAGAUUCUGAGAUGCAGAAGUGCUGCUGCACCAAGAGUCCAAGAUGCAGAAGUGCUGCUGGUCCAAGGACUGUGGCAGGGAGUCUUGAGCUCUGUAUACGUGAGAUGUAUUUAAUGGAGGCCUGGAGUUCCACAACUACCUGCUUCAUCUUGUGCUUGAUUUGGAGCCCAAAAGAAACCAGGACUACUUGUGCAGUCCAGAUCUUCUUCAGACAUGCUACCUGACUUAAAAUACUUAAGUCAUUCUUCCUUGUGUAUAGGUAUUAAAGUCUUUUAAAGUGGCUGUGUCCGUAUCAGAA